AUGAGGACUGUUCGACCAUUUUCUCUCCUGCCAGUUCGCUUCUACAAAACGCACACCGGAAAAACCCGGGUAUUAAAACUGUGUGUGCAGCUAACAGAUUCCAAGUACAUAAAUAUUGAUUCAGCAAUGGUGAGGAUUCAGUUUGAGAAUAUGGAUACUGUCUACAAACAGGGAAUCCCUUAUUUUGGCCAGAUUAAAUUGCUUCAUCCAGACAACACUCCUAUCCCACAUGAAAUCGUCCAGCUGCACCUGAAGGACAAAGUUGUGGGCAACUAUACCACAGAUAUCAAAGGCAUUGCUCAGUUUUUCUUGGAUACAUCUAAGAUUACAAACCCAAAUAUCACUUUGAAAGUAACCUACAAGGACAGUGAAAACUGCAAGGUUAAUGGCUGGAUGUUACCCCAUUACCCACAGUCCGAGUACUUUGUACAACGAUUUUACUCUAAGACAAAAAGCUUCCUGAAGAUUGUCCCGGAGAUGGGCGAGCUAAGGUGCAACCAGAAGAAGUGGGUGAAGGUUCACUAUCUUCUUAAUGUGGAGGGCUUGGAAAGCAAAACCUACAUGGCGGCCUUCAAUUAUGUGGUGAUUUCAAAAGGUGUAAUUAUUCUUCACGGGCAACAUAUUGUCAAGAUCAGUAAUGCUGAUGGGAAAGGCAUAUUUUCCAUCCCUAUACAAGUUAGCAUGGAGUUAGCGCCCUCUGCAGUUAUGUUUGUGCACACCUUACAUCCUGGAGGAGAAAUGAUCGCUGACAGUGCCCAUUUCGAAAUUGAGAAAUGCUUCAGAAAUGAGGUCAACUUAAAGUUCUCUAAAGAAAGCAGUUUACCAGGAUCCGAUGUCAGCCUGCAUGUCUCAGCUGCCUCCAACUCUCUUUGUGCCCUUUGGGCUGUAGAUGAAAGUGUGUUGUUAUUACGGAACUAUAACCAGCUAUCAGCACAAAGUGUGUAUAAUGAGCUAUAUUACAGGCAACUAUAUGGCUACUAUUUUAAAGGACUCAAUUUAGAGGAUGGCCCUAAAGAGCCAUGCCUUAAACAUGAAAAAAUUCUUCACAAUGGCAUUUAUUAUGCACCGGAAUGGGCUGACUUUGGAAAAGACACCUAUGACCUUGUGAAGGCAAUGGGAUUAAAGGUUUUUACCAACUCUCAUUACCGGAAACCAGAACUGUGCAAGUAUUCCAGGUACCCUGAAUAUGAUGUUGAAGAAAACUUAGGCCCUGUGGACGAGAAGAUGGUAUUAGAAAACAAAUUCACCAAUGUAGACUCCAGCUCUCCUGACGACGACGAACAGUUUUUGAGUUCAAUUAGCUUAAUGUAUCAAGGUGAAGUCUUCUCACCAUCUUCCACCUCAAAAGCACAUGACAUGAUGGGGUUGGGGGCAACAUGUCCACUAUGCUAA